CCCGACGUCGCCCGCGAGUGGGCGGCCGCGGGCGUCGGGUGCGCGCUCGCGGACACGGUGUUCAACCCGCUCGAGGUGCUCAAGGUUCGCGCGCAACAACGACCGGACGCGGUCGCGCUGCGAGCGCUCGCGCGCGAGGCGAUCGCGCGCGAUGGAUUCGCGCGGGGCUUGCUCGCGCCGGGACUCGCGGCGACGUGGAUGCGAGGGCUGUCGUACACGGGGUUUCGAAUCGGGCUGUACCCGACGACGCGGGACGAGGCGCUGCGCGUCUUCGGCGGCGACGGCGUCGGCGCGCGAGUGCUCGCGGGGGCGGUCACGGGCGGGAUAGGCGCGGUGGUGUUUAAUCCGAUCGACGUCGUGCGAGUGCGGAUGCAAUCGAGCGAGUGCGGGUAUCGAAGCACGGUGGGGGCGUUCGCGGAGGUGGCGAGAGAGGAAGGCGUGAGACGCGGAUUGUGGCGAGGCGCGGGGGCGUGCGUGGCGCGCGCGAUGACGCUGUCGGGGUCGCAGUUAGCGACGUAUGAUGUCAGUAAACGAUGGUUGUUGAAAAAUGGGACGUUUAGCGAGGACGCGCCGCCGUUGCACUUUACGUGCUCGUUCGCGAGCGGCGUCGUCGCGCAAACCGUCACGCAACCCGUGGACACGCUCAAGACGCUCGUCAUGUCCAACGUCGGCGACAAGCGAGGCGCGAUGACCAUCGCGCGCGAUGUCAUCGCCAAUCACGGCGUUCGCGGGUUAUACAGGGGCUACUUUGCCGCAGCCGCGCGACAAGGUCCAGUCAUGACGCUCCAAAUGCCCAUAGUAGAGGCGCUCAGAAGAUUUUUG